AUGCGUCCAUACACACGUACGCUGUCAGGCGGCAGAUGCCUUGUUUGCAGUAAGAACGCCCUGCGCGUGUUUGCGCAGCGGGUGAGAUUCAGCAAGACUGGGAUCCGGUGCAGCAGGCGCCCGCUGCCGGGAGCCACCCCAGCUCGGCCCAUCGCCACCGAGCUGGCACCAGCCAGGAUACAGCCGCGGGGAGAGCCCUCGCUGAGGCAGAUGCUUUCGGACUUCCCUGCAUUGGAGAAAGAAAACUUGGCUGAAGCCGAGAUCAGGAGACUGCAGAAACAGUUUGGGAUCACGGCGAAGAGGAAAUCUUACGGUGCCAACAUGAGGCCACGAGCGCAGGCUCAGGAGAAAGAAAUAGAGUCGCUGACUCAGGAACACAAAGAGAUGUCGUUAAUGCUGAGCCAGAUCACAUCCCUGAGAAAUGCGACGCUGGAUGAGAGGAACUGUGCGGAGCUCCAGUGCCUUUUGCAGACCAAAUAUCAGUACGAUGCUCUGAUUAGAGACAGAAAAGCCCUGUUGGUUGACCUGGACAACCAGAUACUAGAGCUGGAAAAAAAGGUUGUGAGGCAGAAGCAGAUAGCGGCGAAGGUGGAGCAAGCAAACAGUAGCAAACGACUGCAAAAAGAGAUCGAGACACUGGAGCUGCACCUGAACAACGUCACUGUCCGUUUUGAUACCAUCCUGACCAGAAAUAACAAGCUCCGAGAAGAGAUCGAAAGCAUGUGAAUCCAGAAAGCCAUUUUGGACAACUUCUACUUGAAGGUCCAUGAGAAGCUGGGUCAGCAGACGAGAAGGAUGAACGCUGCCGUUGAGCGAUCCGCCCAAGCCUACGAGCAGCGGACGGAGGUUCUGGAAAGGAUCUCAGCCAUUAACGAAAGGCACAGUGAAGACACCGUCCAGUACAAUGUCGAGCUGCAGGAGCGGGAGCGCGUCCUUGACCAGGAGACCACGCUGAAAGCCUUCGUGGUCACCAAACAUACAGAUCGCUCUGAACUGGAGGAACAGGCCAAAAAGAAAAAACCCUUGAAGGCAGCCGAGCAAGCGAAGUGGACCCAAGGGGAGAGCUUCGAGAGCUGGGAGGUGGCUUACAAACACCUGAUGGAGCUGGUGGAGGAUGGGGAUGUCGACCAGCUGGUGAAUGGCUUCAUCGAAAAGGAGCAGAAGAACUUCUCCUGCUUCAGCUACACCAUCGAGCUGAACAACGAGAUGGAGAAGAUGCAGCAGAAGAUCAAGGCCCUCGAGAUCGAAAUUUCAGCCCUCGUGAUGGACUGGGAGUGUGCAAAGAGCAGCAGCCUUCACGUCCUGAAGGAGCUGGAGGAAAAACUAAUGGAAACCAUUGACGAAGCCAAGUGGUAUGAAGAGAGAUGCAAGGAGAGCAGCAAAGUCCUGGGCCAGGUCAAAUCCAGCAUGGAAGGUCUGUUCAGAGAAGUCAGCUGCAACGCCACGAAGAUAAUGAAGCAGCUUAGAGAAAAGGGGCAGGUCACGGAUCUGAACCUGAUGCAGAUUUUCGGCUGA